GAGACCUGAGUGUGGGCUGAACGUGCCAUGGGAGCAAACACCUCCAGCAAGUCACCAUCCUUCGAUGAGAAUGAAGACGUCACCUUUGACCACUUUGAAAUUUUGCGAGCUAUUGGGAAGGGCAGCUUCGGAAAAGUCUGCGUUGUGCAAAAGAACGACACCAAGAAGAUGUAUGCCAUGAAAUACAUGAAUAAACAGAAGUGCGUGGAGCGUAAUGAAGUGAGAAAUGUUUUCAAGGAGCUGCAGAUUAUGCAGGGCCUGGAGCACCCCUUCUUAGUUAAUUUAUGGUAUUCAUUCCAGGAUGAAGAAGAUAUGUUUAUGGUUGUAGACCUGCUGCUUGGAGGGGACCUGCGUUACCACCUCCAACAAAAUGUGCGGUUCCAAGAAGGCACGGUGAAACUCUUCAUCUGUGAGCUGGUGCUGGCCCUUGAUUACCUCCAGAGCAGGCACAUCAUCCACAGAGACAUCAAGCCUGACAACAUUUUACUGGAUGAGCGUGGACAUGUGCACAUCACGGAUUUCAAUAUUGCCACGAUGCUCACCAAAGAAAUCCAAGUCACCACAAUUGCUGGCACAAAGCCGUAUAUGGCACCUGAAAUGUUUAACUCCACAAAACCCACCAGCUAUUCCUUCGCUGUGGACUGGUGGUCACUGGGAAUCACUGCCUAUGAGCUGCUCCGGACCCGGAGGCCGUAUCACAUUCGCUCCAGCACUUCCACGAACGAAAUCGCUCACGUGUUCAGGACGGCGACAGUGAUGUACCCUGCUGCCUGGUCCGCAGACAUGGUGUCGCUGAUCAAGAAGUUGCUUGAGCUGAACCCUGAGAAGCGUUUUUCUCAGCUGAAAGAUGUCCAGGACUUUCCCUAUCUGUCAGAUGUGAACUGGGAUGCUGUCCUCCAGAAGAGGAUCAUGCCAGAAUUCAUUCCCAUGAAAGGCAGACUGAACUGUGACCCAACCUUUGAACUGGAAGAAAUGAUCCUGGAAUCCAAACCUCUUCACAAGAAAAAAAAGCGCUUGGCGAAGAAGGAGAAAGACACCAGCAAAAGCAGUUCCUCCCAGGCCUGCCAUCUUCAAAAGCACCUAGAGAUGCUCCAGAGGGACUUCAUUGUCUUCAACAGAGAGAAGUAAGUCCUGAUACAGCGGCAGCAUCACGGACUCUGGCC